AUGUACCCUAAUGACUUUCCUAAUCAUUUCCAUCCUUAUAUAGCAAUGGGCCCCAAAUGGUCUAAACAAAUCGAACGUCGAAGAGCGGUUGUAUCAGAACGAAAAAAACUACGAAAACUCAAAAAAGAAAACGGAUGCGAUUACCCGGGAUGCGAUAUCCAUCCAGCCGAUAGGAAAAACUGGAUGUCCGGCCUGAAUCCCGCCAAACUUCCGAUUAACAAAAUCGUCUGGCCCGGGACCCACGAUUCCGCCACCGACAAGAUCGGAAUAAGAGCCAUAACCCGACCCUUCGCCCAAUGCCAGUCUCUAUCCAUCUACCAACAACUCGUACGUGGGACCCGCGUCCUCGAUAUCCGAGUCGAGAAGAACGGAAAAGUUUGUCACGGAAUCAUAACGACAUAUGGAAUCGACGUUGUGCUUGACGAUGUUAAGCGAUUCCUUUCGGAGACGGAAUCAGAAAUCGUGAUUCUAGAGAUUCGGACGGAAUACGGACGGAAAGAUCCACCCGCGUUUGAGAAUUUUUUAUUGGAGAAUCUCGGGGAGUUGUUGAUUUAUCAGGACGACUGUGUUUUUGAGAAAACGAUUGCAGAGAUUUUACCAAAACGGGUGAUUUGUGUUUGGAAGCCUCGGGAAUCACCCGAGGUGAAACCCGGGGGCCCGUUUUGGAGCUCAGGGUAUUUGAAAGAUAAUUGGAUUAAUACGGAUUUACCUUUUACAAAAUUUCAAAGUAAUUUGAAGUAUUUGAGUCAACAACAACCGGUUUGUUCACGUAAGUAUUUUUAUCGGGUCGAGAAUACGGUCACACCGCGGGCGGAUAACCCGAUUGUGUGUGUGAAAGCGGUAACGAAUCGGAUCCACGGGUACGGGAGAUUGUUCAUAUCGCAAUGUUUUUCGAGAGAUUGUGCAAAUCGGUUGCAAAUAUUUUCAAUUGAUUUUAUAAAUGAGGAUUUUGUUGAUGCGUGUGUUGGGCUUACUCAAGCCCGAAUCGAAGGGAAGGCGUGA